AUGUCUUCGAACAGCCUUUUAAACAUCACCACGCGCAUUAAUGGUGGAAUACGACCUUCAGUACAAGCACAGCGUCGACGUCGAAGACGACAAGGUAGAAUAUCUCAGAGACGCGAUCAACUCAUCAAUAUUCAAAGCACGUUAGAUCUAAUCGCCAACCUUCCAACAUAUAUGAAUUUUUUAAUGGAUCAUUGUCUUUCAAAACAAGCUCCUUUGAAAGAGAAAAUAUUUGAAGAUAUGAAGUCACGGUUAGGUAUGACCUCACAACCGAAUCAAGAAAUAAUUGAUCAAUCAUCAUCGACAAAUGGGCAUAUAUCGAUUGACGGUCGGUCACAAGGAGAUUUGAGUAAAUUGAUGAAUGAAUUUGUUGAAAUGAAUACCGUCAAUUUAGCUAAAUAUAAUAACGAAGAAAUGACAUCUAAAAGGAUUUCAUCUGAUAACGAGGAAAUAUCAUCUAAAAGGGACGAAUUAAUUUCAUCUGAUAACGAGGAAUUAUCAUCUAAAAGGGACGAAUUAAUUUCAUCUGAUAACAAGGAAUUAUCGUCUAAAAAGGAUUUAAGUGAGAAAAUUGAGGACAUUGUAAAAUUUAUUUCAAAGGAACUAAAUGAGGUUCGCUAUAGUUUCUCAAGAUUAGUUUUUGUCUCUGUCGGAUUAAGAAAGUCAACUUAG